CAGGGUGAGCUCCCUCUUUGCCAGCUUAGUACGCAGUGUUGCUUAGCUGGUGUCCGGGCUUUGGUGACGCGGAGCUUCGAGUGAGGGGGGAAGAGGCAAAAGAGAAGUCCUGCCGUCCCCCACUCGGGCGCCCAGGCGUGGAAACGUGGGCGGCGGCGAGCGGCUGGGCUCCCUCCCCGCCCUCCCCGCGCGGCGCUCCCGCGUGUGCAGCUGUGUGAGUGCGUGUGUCUCCCUCUCGCCUACCGCACACGCUCUGGCACUAGUGCAGGCGGCUCUCGGCUCCGCUCGCUCGCUCUCUCCGGCCGCUGCGCUCCCGCCUAGCCGCCGCCGCUGCAGACGCAGCCGGGCACGGUGAGUGACUGAGGUGCAGCCUCCGCGCUCCCCGACUGCCCGCCGGACCCCAGCUUCAGCAGGCUGCACCGCACCCGGACCGGUCGGCCGGGUGACUCCCGCAGGGGCUCUCCGUGCGUCCUCGGGCCACCGUCCCAGCCAGGACGCACUCCUCGAGGGCUGCGCACUCCUUCCCCGCCCGGCCGCCUGCCGCUCCCCGCACCCCGUGACCGCUGCUCCGUCUCGUCCCGCAGGAGCUGCCCGGACGGGACCACGACGCUGCCGCCACCUCCGGGAGCAGCUCUUCGGGACCGGCCUGAGCCGAGCCGCGCGGGGCCGCCGCGGGCGGGGGAUGGGGCUGCCCGCCAGGCGCGCGGAACCCGCAGGGGGAGCACGGAGCCGGCGCGCAGCCUGAGAGCCCCGCGCAGCCUGCGCCCGGCCGCCGCUCCGUGCGCUCCUGCCGCCGCCCGCGCCUCGAUGGCGCCAUCGCCCCGCCGCUGACCGGCUCGCAUCGCUCGCCUAGCCCGCGCGGUCGCCCUCGGAGUCCGGCCAGCCUCUGGGGCAGCGGCCUGCAGCCCGCGUCCGCCCGCGCCCUCCCGCCCGGCCCCGCCAUGGCGCUGCGCCGCCUCCUGCUACAGCCUCUGCUACUGUCGCUGCUGCUGUCGCUCUCGUCCCUACACCUGCCGCCCGGCGCAGACGCUGCCCGCGGCCGCGCUGCUAACCGGACCCUAGGCGCGGGAGCCGUCGGGGGUCGACGUUCCGGAGGCGCCCUAGCCCGCGGUGGCCGCGAGCUGAACAGCACCGCCCGGGCGUCUGGCGUCCCGGAGGCGGGCAGCCGGCGGGGACAGUCCGCAGCAGCGGCGGCGGCGGCGGCUAGCGCGACCGUCACUUACGAGACGUGCUGGGGCUACUACGACGUGAGCGGCCAGUAUGACAAGGAGUUCGAGUGUAACAACAGCGAGAGCGGCUACCUGUACUGCUGCGGCACCUGCUACUAUCGCUUCUGCUGCAAGAAGCGCCACGAGAAGCUGGACCAGCGCCAGUGUACCAACUACCAAAGCCCGGUAUGGGUGCAGACGCCCAGCACCAAGGUGGUGUCGCCUGGGCCCGAGAACAAGUACGACCCGGAGAAGGACAAGACCAACUUCACCGUCUACAUCACCUGCGGGGUGAUCGCCUUUGUCAUCGUAGCGGGCGUCUUCGCCAAGGUCUCCUAUGACAAGGCCCACCGCCCCCCGCGAGAGAUGAACAUCCACAGGGCUCUGGCUGACAUACUAAGACAACAGGGACCAAUCCCCAUAGCACACUGUGAAAGAGAAACCAUCUCGGCCAUCGAUACCUCUCCCAAAGAGAACACACCGGUCCGAUCAACCUCGAAAAACCACUACACCCCUGUGCGCACAGCUAAGCAGACUCCAGGGCAUUAUGGGAAGGAUGCUUACCGAAGUGGAGGACCAGAUCUCCAUAACUUCAUCUCAUCUGGAUUUGUCACAUUAGGAAGAGGACACACGAAGGAGAAGCCACGGAUGAACAACAUCCUGACGUCGGCCACCGAACCCUAUGAUCUCUCCUUCUCACGUUCUUUCCAGAAUUUAGCCCACUUGCCUCCGUCAUAUGAAUCUGCCGUGAAGACCAAUCCGAGCAAGUACUCGUCUCUCAAAAGGCUAACUGACAAGGAAGCUGAUGAGUAUUACAUGAGGCGGAGGCACCUUCCAGACCUCGCAGCCCGUGGCACCCUCCCCCUCAACGUCAUCCAGAUGUCUCAACAGAAGCCGCUGCCUCGAGAACGGCCACGCAGGCCCAUCAGGGCCAUGUCCCAGGACAGGGUCCUGUCCCCACAGCGGGGCUUGCCUGAUGAAUUUGGCAUGCCCUAUGAUCGAAUCUUGUCUGAUGAACAGCUGCUCUCGACAGAGCGCCUGCACUCCCAGGACCCGUUGCUGUCCCCAGAGCGGACGGCCUUCCCAGAGCAAUCGCUGUCGCGGGCCAUCUCGCACACGGACGUCUUUGUGUCCACGCCAGUGCUGGACCGCUACCGUAUGACCAAGAUGCACUCCCAUCCCAGUGCCUCCAAUAACUCCUAUGCCACCCUGGGCCAGAGCCAGACGGCAGCCAAGCGCCAUGCCUUUGCCUCCCGCAGACACAACACAGUGGAGCAACUGCACUAUAUCCCGGGCCAUCACACCUGCUACACAGCCAGCAAGACCGAAGUGACCGUGUGACCGGCAGCGUGGCCGGGCUGCUUGGCAGAGCGAGGGCAGGACAGAGCAGAGCAGGGCAGGGAUGAGGAGCACAGAGUCCAGCCUUGCUCUCCUCCCUUCCCCUCCCCAGUUUCCCCUAUUGGAACUGGAGGUGGGCUGCCUUUGUCCAGAAAGCCAUACCCCUAGGGACAUGGCGCCAAAUGCCUGGUCCAACAAGCACAGACCCAGGCUACAGAGCUCUUUCUCUCCCAGUAGAAUCCUCCCCCAAGCGAAUGAUAAGAGUGGUAAGGCUCCAGUCUUUCCUACCACCUGCGCCACUCCCUCCGUCCCCGCCCCCGCCCCACCCCUUCCAGGAGACUCAACCGAAGGUUCUCCCAGCCAGUGGACCCUCCCGGUGAAGGUAAUCCGAAGCUGCCUGAGUUUGAACAGCCAGCCGGCCAGCCAGCGGGUGCAGUCAGUGGGCUGACCGAAUAGACUACUCGGUCUCCUUCCUGUAUCUAGAACCGCAUCACAGAAAUCUCUUAGUGCCUAAAAACUGCCUGCUCGCUCUCAGCCAGAGAGCUGCUGUGUCCAUAAGCACAAUAUGAUUCUCUUCUGCCUGCUGGAACUCUGGUCUCUACCGAGCGGCCCCUCCCUCGCUGAGCCCUGCAGCCCCCAAAACAGGAAGGGUCUUCUUCCUUUAGCUGCUUGGUUGCCCUUGCCUCUGUACUGUGGGGGCUGUGCUCUCCCAGCCUUCACUGUUUCUCCUCAAACCUCCCUGGGGCUUUAGCUCUUGCCCCCCAGAGAGGAGUAGCGUAGCGUUGGGUUGCCAGGACUUUAGAAGUGCCUUGGCAGCCAUCUGAUCGCCUCCCCACUUCCUCCAGGCCACUGGGUAUGAACUAGGACCUUCUCUCAGGCCUGCCUUCUUCACCCGAGCUCUGCUCCCAGGAGGCCCCUGCAGUAGGCAGAGAGCUAGGGUGGGGAGGGCCACUGUGAUGCCCAGGAUCUCAGGGGCUCACCAUUCCCAUUUUCUAGGGCUCUGUCUGUCCCCCACCCAUGAGCCUCAGGCAGGAUGGAGGAAGAAGUUUCCAGACAGAAGAAGCUUAGCCCUUGAACGGGCAGGAGCUCUCUGACGUGGUCAUGCCGGAUCCUGUGCACGCCUUUCCACCAUUUUCGCCCACUCCGCAGCCCUUUUCUGUUUAGAACUCAUUCUCUCUUCCUGUGUUCCCUCUCCCACCUACCUCCCCACCUCACCCCCUGCAGCUCUGUUACUUUCCUCAAACCAGUGGAUCCAAGGAAUCCAAUGGAUCCAGUGGACCCAUUGACAGAUGCAAAUGAAUAAUGGUGUCCCAGGAUGUUCUGGGGCCACAUCAACCCCUCCUCCUUGCAGGGGCACUUGGGCACAUGGUAGGGGCAUCUGGCAGCUCCACUGCCAGCCCACCUCAGCCCCCUCUUUGCCUCUAAUCUGAAGGUGGACAAUGUGUGACCAACUACUGGGAAACUAUAAACGAGAGCAACCCCGCUUCCCCCCACACAAAGGGCCAGGGUAUCUUUCUGGUCUGGGACUGGGGAGAAUUGGCCCAAGACCCCUGGUGGAGUGACCUAAGAAAUGGAACUAUCACUUACCAGACUCCAACAACAAUGUCCUAAAGUCAGAUUUUAUGUCCCCUCAGUUCUGCAUGGAUAUUGCCCUUAAAAAGCAAGGUGGUAAGAAAUUUGUAUCUGUCCUGGUCAUUUUUAAUCUAGCCAAGUCUACUUCUUCUUCUUCAUGAAGAAGUCUGUGCGCUGCUUCACCUUGCUGCUUUGAAGAGCCGUAAGCUCUUCUAUACCCUUCCCCAGAAUGUCCCUUCUGUGAGAGCAGGAGUGUUCUUCAGAGCCCAGAAGGAUGGAAGCUGGAGUUUCCAAAGGCAGGUCUUAGCCUCCCCACUGCCUGGGUAUCCCUGGGACCAUGGGGCCAGGAGUUCUCUGGUCCCUGCUUUUCUUAAGGGCUGGUUCCCAUGGGUCUAUGAGCUUUGGUUGCAGAAGGUAAGGCUCACGGGAAGAGAAGAGCUCAAUCCAAACAGAGAGUGGCUCCCUUCCAGAAGCAAAGGCAUGUCCUACUGGCCCCAGCCCAGCCCCCUGUAACUCUCUGACCCUUAGCUAGCCCCUUUAAAGGUUGUGUGCUGCUGGGGAGGAGGAAGGUCAAGAUUGUGGUAGGCGAGAAUCCCCUCCCAGGUGUCUGGACAUCCCCUGGAGAAUCUUCCAGAUGGCUAUUUAAUUCUCUACACCUUGGGGAACAAAAUCUUACCCCAGGCUCUUUCCCCACCUUGGCGCUGGCAAAAGCGUCUGUCUGUCUGUCUAUCUUCCUCUCUGUCUGUCUGUCUGUCUGUCUCAGGGGUUGUUUUAUCAAACUUAUUAGUUGAUUUCAAAUUAUUUCUCUUCCCUGCCUUACCAUCUUCUGGUAUAAAAUACCUGGCAUCGGUUACGUCAGAAUGCUUGCUUCUCCCGAAGGAUUUUUCUUCAGCUUCAUCCUCAAAAGGAGAGGCAUAGUAACAGAGACAGAAGUCUACAGACUAGUCUGAUCCAGUUCCCUACUCCAAACUCCGGAAAACUGUGUCUUAACUGCAACAUGGAAAUACACGACCCCUCCUCCAGUUUUGCAUGACUCAUUUAAAUUACCUGUAGCCAACCAUGAUCCAGAAAUAUUAAUAUUUGUCUUAACUCUUUUGAGAGUCCACAAUCACAUAGCUUUUAUUAUGGUAUAUUCUUAUAACUUGUCCUAUUUUACUGUCAAUCUCUUCUUGUGCCUAAUUUACAAAUUAAACCUUAUUGUAUGUGUAUGUAUAUGAAGAAAACAUAAUACACAUAGAGAGUCUUGUACUGUGUGGUUUCAGGCACCCAUUGGGAUUGUGGAGCUUAUCCUUCAGUGACAAGGGAAGACCACUAGAUCCCAUCAACUCACCCAUCACUCCAGAACCAGCUAGCUAUUUGGCUAUAUGAACUCACUUGAGAGUGUCUGGGGCUGGAACCCAGAUGUCACGGCUUCUAGCCCAAGCAGGCUGGUGUUCUCUGUCACACAUAGAAGGGUCAUGGCUCCCUCAUGAUAAACACUCAUAUCCCAAGCAAAGGAAACUCAAGAUUUCCCUCUGUCUGUUUCGUUUCUUCGUGCAUGUCUCCACGGCCCUGGACUAGGUGUGUCCAGGUCUUAUUUGCCCCAAGUGUUCUUCCUGAAGGCUUUUUACCACCCCUAUCCUUCCAGCAUUCCUUUCUCACUUCUUCCAGUGAACUCAUGACUCCGUCUGUUCGUGAGCCACAAAAGCUUGCCAAUAAUU